AUGUCCAUGAAAGCGAUCGUCAAAUCUGUUAUCUCUGGAGAUUCCCUUAUUUUACGUGGGCGUCCUGGACCUCAAGGUCAACCUCCAAAGGAAAGGUGUGCACCUUGUCACACGAUCUUGGCCGGCUAUGAGACUAACUGUUUGAACGAUAUUUGUAGGGUUCUACAUCUUGCGGACUUGACAGCUCCUCGACCAGGGAUAUCUACAAGGGAGGAUGAACCAUGGGCUUUUGAAUCUCGCGAAUUCCUUCGCGCGAUGGCCGUAGGAAAAGAAAUAUCUUUUACCUCCAUCCAUUCUCUUCCAUCUAACGAUGAUAUCCCCCGCGAUCUGGGGAGUGCAGAAAUCAAUGGAGUCGAUUUAAGUUCGGAGCUUCUUAAGCAUGGGUGGGCUAAACUGAAGGAAAUCAAGCGAGAACCUACAGAAGAGGAUCUGAGGAAAAGGGACAUUGAAAACGAGGCAAGAACUGCGGGAAAAGGUAUCUGGAAUCCCCAUGGUCAACAAGCACGCGUAGUCCAUCACACCAUGCCUGUUGAUUCACAAGCCUUUGUUACCGAAUGGAAGGGGAAACUGCUCGAUGCGAUUGUCGAGCAGGUCAGGGAUGGCACAACGCUCCGCGUCCGGUUGCUGAUUCCUGACGGAGACCACCAAAUGGUCAACAUUGCUUUAGCAGGCGUACGUAGUGCAAAGGUUUCCACGAAGCAAGGCGAGCCAUCUGAGCCCUGGGGUGAGGAGGCCAAAUUCUUCACAGAAUCCAGACUGCUUCAACGACCAGUUCGCGUGCAAAUUCUCUCGCUCCCGACUACAACCGCAACGCCAUUCCAAUCCAGCGCAAACCCAACUGCGCCGCCUUCAGCUAGCAUAUUCAUAGGGACUGUACUACACCCGGCCGGAAACGUCGCGGAAUUCUUAGUGUCCGCUGGACUAGCUCGCGUCGUUGACUGGCAUGCAGGUAUGCUGGCGAGCAGUGGUGGCAUGGAACGUCUGCGCGCUGCAGAAAAACAUGCCAAGGAGCAUCGCCUAUGUCUAUAUGCCAACGCCCCCGUCCCCUCCUCGAACUCAGGUAAAGCGGAUGGCGCCACGAGUAGCGGACACUCCCGGACUUUUGACGCGACUGUUGUCCGAGUGUGGAGUGGCGACCAAGUUUCUGUUGUCGAGAAAGAUACGGGCAAAGAGCGUCGCUUGCAACUUAGCUCGACCAGGGGGCCAAAACUUUCGGAUCCUCGUCAGGCGUAUUAUGCACAGGAAGCUAAGGAAUUCCUUCGCAAGAAACUUAUUGGCAAACACGUCAAAGUUCAUGUCGACUUUGUUCGCCCUCGUGAGGGAGACUACGAAGAACGCGAAUGCGCUACUAUUCGCUAUGGUGGCCAGAGCGCGAAUAUUGCUGAACAGCUCAUUGAAAAAGGGUUGGCCAGUAUCGUACGCCACAAACGCGACGACGAGGACCGCUCUCAGGAUUAUGAUAAAUUAAUGGCAGCAGAGCAAAUAGCCGUUGCCGAGACACGUGGGAUUCACUCUGGGAAGGAAAUUCCUGCGCCAAAACAACCUCUAAAUAUCUCAGAGGCAGUCAACCGUGCAACUCAGUUCCUCAGCGGAUUCAAACGAUCAGGUAGAAUACCAGCCGUCGUCGACUAUGUUGCUGCGGGAUCACGGUUCAAAAUUUUUCUACCAAAGGAUAACCAGACUUUGACUCUAGUUCUCGGAGGUAUUCGGGCCCCCCGUACAUCGCGCAGUCCUUCUGAUAAAGGCGAACCUUUUGGUACUGAAUCCGCUGAUUUUGCUUCGCGGAGAUAUAUGCAACGCGAUAUCGAAUUUGAAGUCGAUAGCAUCGACAAAUCUGGAGGGUUUAUCGGAGCACUUUACUUCAAUAAGACGGAAAACGUCGCAAUCACACUGGUUAAGGAAGGACUCGCAACCGUUCACGACUUUUCGGCUGAAGGUCUUUCUUGGGCUCGUCAGCUCUACGAUGCUGAGAGCGAAGCCAAGGAAGCAAGGCGGAAUAUUUGGUCUGACUAUGACCAAGAGGCCUCGAAGGCUGCCGAAGUCCCUGAGGACAAGAACGAAACCGGACCUCUGAAGUCUGAAUAUCUCGAUGUGAUCAUCAGUGACGUGCGGACCAGGAAUGGUUUUGGUUUCUCUGUUCAAAUCCUGAACACAGAAGGCAUUGCAUCCCUCGAAAAGCUUAUGCGCGAUUUUUCUAUACACCACAAAUCACCAGUCGCAAGCCCGCCAGGCUUUGUGCCUAAAGGUGGCGAUCUAGUUUCCGCCAAGUUCUCUGACGGUGCAUGGUACCGAGCGAAAAUUCGUCGUGCAUCGCCCAUCAAAAAGGAAGCAGAAGUAACCUUCAUCGACUACGGUAAUCAGGACACUGUGGCCUUUUCGAAUAUUCGGCCACUCGACCCCAAAUUCCGUUCAUUACCAGGCCAGGCACAUGACGCACGAUUAAGCUUCAUCAAGUUUGCCUCGCCAGAUAGCGACUACUAUGCCGAUGCGAUCGACCGUUUCAGAAUACUAUGCGAAGGUCGAAAGCUUGUGGCCAAUAUUGACCACAAAGAAGGGUCUCUACUACAUCUGCGACUCAUGGACCCGACGGAAUCUGCAAGCCGGGACCCACUUGCCUGUAUCAACGCAGACCUACUGAGUGAAGGCCUCGCUUUGAUAGAUCGCAAAGGUUGCAAAUAUAUUGCAUCAUAUCCUCAGGUUACAAAAAAGCUCCAAGAAUCUGUGGCCGUUGCGAAGCGAGAUCGGGCUGGUAUGUUUGAGUUUGGCGACGUCGAGGAAGACGAGUAG